AACUUAGCCAGGGUGUUUCGAGGCCUAAAUGGUCACCGAUUGAGUGACCUACGAGACUACGGGCCUAAGGGCUGGGGUAUGUUAGCCACGGAGGACUCUGUAGUAUUUGUCGACAACCACGACGUCCAGCGAGGAUAUGCCGGCGACCUCAACGUCACCGUUACCUUCUUCGAGCCCCGACUACACAAAAUGACCACCGCUUUCAUGUUAGCCUGGCCAUACGCCGUACCCCGGGUCAUGAGUAGCUACUACUGGCCCAGGAAACUAGAGAAACAAGGGGACAGGUAUGUCGACCGAAACUCGGACAUAGGACCUCCCCAUGACUCCGGCGAUCGUAUAUUGGAUGUGAAACGUAAUCCGGAUCUGAGUUGCGAUGCGAGUCAAUGGAUUUGUGAGCACAGGUGGCGUCCCAUCUAUAAUAUGGUUGGGUUUAGGAAUAUAGCGGGCAGUGAACCGGUAACCCAGUGGUGGGACAACACCAACAAUCAGAUAGCCUUCAGUCGCGGCAAUAAAGCCUUUAUAGCCAUCAAUAAUGACGUGAAACCCAUUGAUAUGACUAACAGUACGGGUCUACCGGGCGGUACUUAUUGUGAUAUAAUAUCCGGCGGUUUAAUCGAUGGCAUGUGCACGGGUAGGACAUUAACUGUUGAUAGUGAGGGAACGGCACAUAUAUUUGUGGACAACACGUGGGAAGACCCUAUGAUUGCAUUUCACAUUAAUGCUAAAAUAUAA